AUGUUUGGGAAACGAUGGCCGAGUAUUCGUCUAGGCAUGUUAACUCCAAACAAAUACGUUGCCGUUAUAAACACAUUUUCAAAGUUAGUGCUCUGA